AUGGCGGAAGCAGACCGACCAGGGAAGCUGUUUAUCGGCGGCCUGAAUACUGAGACGACUGAAAAGUCCUUGGAGCAGUACUUCAGCAAAUACGGCAGGAUUGUGCAAGUUCUCCUGAUGAAAGACCAUGAAACAAAGAAGUCCAGGGGCUUUGCAUUUGUGACAUAUGACAGUCCAGCUGAUGCAAAGGAUGCGGCACGUGAGAUGAAUGGAAAGUCUCUUGAUGGCAAGCCCAUUAAAGUGGAGCAGGCUACCAAGCCUCAGUUUGAAUCUGGGGGCAGAAGAGGACCCCCGUCAAUGCAUUCUCGUGGUCGGGGCUCAGGCAGAGGCCCACGUGGAUCCAGAGGUGGAGGAAUGAGGGGCCCACCAUCCAGAGAUUACUAUGAUGACGAUGACGACUACUAUAAAAUGUCAUCAAGAGGCCCACCUCCUAUGAAGAGAGGACCCCCAAUGCGUAACGGAGGCCCGCCACCGAAGAGAUCGACCCCAUCUGGUCCCAUGAACAGAAGUAAUUCUUUUUGCUUUAUAGCCCCCAUGUCAAGGGACAGAGACCCCUAUGGUCCACCCCCUCGCAGAGACUCAAUGAUGUCCAGAAGGGACGAAUAUCCAUCUCCCAGAGAUGACCAUUACAACUCCAAGGAUGGGUACUCUGGUCGGGAUUAUAACUCAAGAGAUUCAAGAGACUAUGGACCUCCUUCCAGAGAUUAUUCGUACCGGGAUUACUCCAAUUCCCGAGAUGACUAUGGCUCCAUGUCAAGAGGUUACAAUGACCGUGAUGGCUACGGAGGAGGGCGUGAUUCCCGAAGUUAUAUGGACCGUCCUAGCGGAGGCGGCGGAUCAUACAGGGAUUCGUUUGAUGGUUACGGUAACUCUCGCAGUGCCCCACCUUCACGGGGCCCCCCACCGUCCUUCGGUGGGGGCAGCGGAAGCGGUCGUUACGAUGACUAUGGCGGCAGUUCCCGGGAUGGCUAUGGCGGUCGUGACAGUUACAACAGUCGGAGUGAGCCGUAUCCAUCUCCCCGCGGCGAGCGAAUGGGUAGGCAGGAGAGGGCUGCUCCCCCUGGCGAUAGAGGGUACCCCCCUCGUGAUUCGUACGGCUCAAGUCGUGGAGGGCCACGAGGCGGCCGUGGAGGCAGUCGACCCGACAGAGGCAUGAAUCGCAACAGAUACUAA